UUGUGAAUGUAUUUGUGUCGACUUGCUGAAAGGCUUUUGUCAACAGAAAGUCAUCGUAAACUCGUCAAUAUUCUUCAAACAAUCAUCUUAAAAUGCUAAAACGAGCAUCUCCGCUUUUGUUUAAUCUAUUCAGUUCCACGAGACAACCAGUGUUUGUGCAAUUAAGCAAGAGAAAAGCAUCUUUAUAUGAGCCACCUUAUUUAGAAGCCUUGAAGCCUAAAUAUCCUACUUAUGAUGUAAUUAACGUAAAGAUAACUGGAUAUGAUUAUCCAGUUCUUGAGAGUUAUCAGAGAUUUGUUCAUAGAAUUGCAGAAUCAUUGGAUUUUGAUGUCUCCGAAUGUUGGGCACAUCCACCGAAAAAAACAAGAGUCGUACGAUAUAAACCAAAUAGCUCUAACAUAGAAAGUGAAUAUAAUCUGACAAAGUAUGAGAGAUAUAUCCAGAUCUCGGAUUUAUUAGCACCAAUCUAUCCAGUCUUUCUGCGUUUUAUUCAAUCUGGACUUCCCGAAGGCGUCACUUUAUCUGUUGUGCAUCAUACAGACUUUAUUGAGGAAAGUCGAUAUGUUCCAGAUAAAGAGCUACUCGAUCUUAAGGCACAGUUGGAUGCAGCUGGUGGACCAAUAACAAAAGGACGGAAAUAA